AUGUCCAAAAGGCUCAACCCCCAGUUACAGCAAAAGAUCCCAGAAGAUGCCUACUGUGAGAAACACCUGGAACCGCUGCUGCUGUUCUGUGAUGACGACCAAAUCAUACUUUGUGGCAACUGCUUCCAGGCCCAGGAGCAUAGGCAUCACGUGGUGUAUGGAGUACAAGAGGCCGCAGAGAAUUACAAGAUGUUAUUCCAGAAGAUAUCAAACACGUUGAAGGAGAAACUUGAAGUAGUUAAAAGCAUGUUGGCUGAUGAGCAAGAAAGAAUGGUGAUGAUUCAGAUCAAGGAGCAGAAUUUUAAAGAGAUGAUUGAGUCUGAAUAUAGGCUUAUGUUCCGGUUGAUGAUUGAAGAGAAUGAGGUGAACUUCCGGGGCCUGCAUGGGUAUGUAUUCAACCUGAACUUGAGAGAACCUAGUCUGAAUCAACUGACUGAGUUUGCCGCAGAGCUAAAGGAGAAGUUCCAGGAAACGCUGCAGAGACUGAACGAUCUGGGGAGAGAGAAUCUGAAUAAACUGAAGGAGAGCGAGACCAGGCUCUCUGAACAGAUCUGCAGUCUCCAACAGAUCCCCGUAGAGUUAGAGAAGAAGUGUGGGGAAUCCAGCUCAGCACUGCUCCAGAAUGCAAGAUAUUCUUUGGAAAGGGGUGAGUCGCUGCUGCUUCAGUGUCUACAGCCCGCCCAAACUGCAGACCUGAGUUCGUGCCAAAUAACAGGAAUGAGCGAAAUGCUCAAAGUGUUCCAAAGACCUAUAACUUUGGAUCCAAAAACAGCUCAUCCCUGUCUGGUCCUAUCCGAGGAUCUGAGAAGUAUAAGACUCAGAAACAUCCAGCAGCAUGUGCCUAGCAACCCAGGGAGAUUUGACUUCAGUGCCUCUGUGUUGGGUGUGGAGAGCUUCACCUCAGGGAGGCACUACUGGGAGGUGGAUGUGGAAAAGGCAACGAAGUGGCAGUUGGGUAUAUGUGAAGACUCUGCCAGCGGAAAGAGUGACACACCCAAAGCUUCUGGAGAUAAAGUCCUACUCACAGGAUCCAUGAUGGGAGCUGACUUUACCUUCUGGGUCUUUCCUCCUUUAAGAAAGGUCUUCUUGAGAGAGCAAAUGCACAAAGUUGGAGUUUUCCUAGAUUAUGAGUAUGGGCAGAUAUCAUUCUAUGAUGUGACAAAGGGAUCCCUCAUUUAUAAUUUCUCUUGUCUCACCUUCCAAGGAGCUGUCAGGCCUCUGUUUUGUCUUUGUAUCCCAAACGGAGGCACAAAUUCGGACUCUCUCAGCAUCUGCCUCCCUCGUGUUUCUUCUUGA